AUGCUUCCUCUCUUCAACAAAGUGCUUCCUCUCUUCAUCAAGAUGCUUCCUCUCUUCAACAAAGUACUUCCUCUCUUCAUCAAGAUGCUUCCUCUCUUCAACAAAGUACUUCCUCUCUUCAUUAAGAUGCUUCCUCUCUUCAACAAAGUGCUUCCUCUCUUCUUCAAAGUACUUCCUCUCUUCAUCAAGGUGCUUCCUCUCUUCAUCAAGAUGCUUCCUCUCUUCAUCAAGGUGCUUCCUCUCUUCAUCAUGCAGCUUGCUCUCUUCAUCAAGAUGCUUCCUCACUCCAUCAUGCAUCCAUCAUGCAGCUUCCUCUCUUCAUCAAGUUGCUUCCUCUCUUCAACAAAAUACUUCCUCUCUUGA